AUGGCGUCCCGACACGGCCCCCCCUCCCACGCCAUGGGCAUGUACAGCGUGGCGGUGACCUCUGGCAGCCAGCCCGGCCAGCACAGCCGCCGCCUGGAGGUCAGGAUGGCUGGCGCAGCGCCGGGGUCUGGGUCAGUCAUACCCUCGCCCCAUGCGCCGAGCCCCGCCAUGACGGGCGACGCCACCCCGCCGGGCCAGCCCACCAUCACCCUGGCAGGGAGCGGGAACGCUGCGCCGGACGUCCGCCUGGCCCCGCCCGCCGCGGCGCAGCGGGAGGGCAGCACGCUUCAGCUCCACCUCUGCACCCCCACCCUGCGCCUCACCCCGGUGCUGCCCAUCCGCGUCGACGCCAUCCUGCCCCCCAUCAGCUUUGCAGCAGGGCAGGGCGCCGAGGCCGGCCAAUCCCUGCGUGCCAACGCGGCCUAA